AUGGCAACUAUAAAUAAUAAUAGUACAUCAUUAGAACCAAUAGCUGUUAUAGGUAUAGCAUGUGAAUUCGCAGGUGAUAUUUAUUAUGCAAAUGAUUUAUGGUAUACAUUAAAAGAAAGUCAAGAUGCUGGUAGUGCAAUAACAAUUGAUCGAUUUGAUCUUGAAUCAUUUAUUGGUCAUAUGCUUAAUAUGGACAAUAAUGGACAACUUCACCAAAAACUUCUUCGUGCUGAUGCUGAACCAGCCAAUAUUGAUCCAUGUCAUAGAUCACCUAUAUUAAAAUUUGUUGAUUUACUUGAUGGUGAUGGAUACAGUAUUGAAAAAAUUGAUGCUGAACGUGAUGGCGAUCCAAUUGAAGCUAAUUGUUUAGAUCGAUUUUUUAAUCGAUCAAAUCUUGAUCCACCAUUAUUAUUAGAUUUAAUUAAAAGUAAUUUAGGACAUACAGAAGGUGCAGCUGGUGUUAUAUCACUUAUUAAAGUUGCUAUGUGUAUGUAUCAUCGUGGUAUUACAACAAAUAUACAAUUUACUUCACUUAAUCCUAAAAUAGAAGCACAAAAAUAUAAUCUACAUAUUCUUCAAAAUUUUCUACCUUUUCCGUCCGUUUCAAAUAAUGAAAAAACAGCUAUUGGUGUUAAUUUAUUCGAAACGGUUGGUUCAACGACACAUUCUAUCAUUGAAGAAUAUCAGUCAAAUAAAACAUCAAUUGAAAAUGGUUAUAUCGAUGAAAAUCAUAUUAAAAGCAGAUAA